AUGUUCGGCCAACGCGACGACAACGCCGGACGGGCGCCCGCCGCCGAAAGCAAUGCCGACGACAUCAUCAAGGCUGAAGUUGCGGCUCUGAACCAGCUCGGAUACCGGCAAGAGCUCAAGCGCGACUUCUCGCUCUGGGGCAUCGUCGCCUUCUCGUUCUCCAUCGUCACUUCAUGGACCGCGUUAUCGGGUGUCAUGAUUAUAGGCGUCCAGUCCGGUGGCCCGCCGGUGAUCAUCUGGUCUUGGAUCGCCAUCUGCCUGCUCACGCUUGCCGUUGCCUACAGUCUGGCCGAGAUGUGCUCGGCGUACCCGGUGGCUGGAGGCCAGUAUUGCUGGGUGGCGGUGUUCGCGCCCAAGAAGCUGCGUCGCGGCAUGAGUUAUGUCUGCGGAUGGUUUCUGUUGAUAGGCAUCUUGGCCAUGGGCGCGACGAGUCACUUCGUUACCGCGAACUUCGUUAUGGGCCUCGCCAACCUCAACAAUAGAGCCUUCGUCAUCCAGCGGUGGCAUACGGUUCUCGUGGCUUGGGCGAUUGCCACAGGAACGCUCGUGUUCAAUGCCUUCUUUGCGCGCCUGCUGAAUCGGACGUCGCAAGGGUUCUUGAUCCUCAACAUUUCUGGUUUCGUCAUCAUUGUCAUCACUAUCCUCGUGAUGAACGACAACAAAAACUCGGCCAGCUUUGUUUUUGCUGACUUUGUGAAUCUGACCGGAUUCUCUGACUCGUACACCGCGAUUCUCGGCCUGCUGCAGGCAGCUUUCGGCAUGUGCUGCUAUGACAGUGCCAGUCGAAUGACCGAAGAAGUCAAGAAUGCCCGAAAGCAGGCACCUCGUGCUAUCGUCAUGGCUGUCUACAUUGGAUUCUUCACCGGCUUUGUCUUCCUGAUCGCGGCAUGCUACUGUAUGGGCGACGUGGCAGAUAUGGCCGCCAGCACCACCGGGGUGCCCAUCAUCGAGAUCUUCUACCACUCUACUGGCACUGAAGCAGGCGCAACCGGACUUGCUUCUCUCAUCCUCGUGAUCGGCCUCGGCGCCUCAAACGGCCUCACAGCCACCGGAGGCCGGUCCAUCUACGCCUUUGCUCGGGACAACGGCCUGCCAUUCUCGAAAUUCCUGAGCAAGGUCAAUGAAGGCAAUUCUACUCCGAUGAACGCACUCUGCGCUGCGGUCUUUGUGCAGUUCGUCCUUUUGGCUAUCUAUUUUGGUGCGGUCCAAGGUUUCAAUACUGUUAUCGCCAUCGCUACUGAAGGCUUCUACGUUUCAUACGCGAUCCCCCUCCUAGCUCGCCUCCUCUCCCUAGUGACAUCCGAGCCUGCCUGGAAGAUCGACGGCCAGUACAGUCUGGGCCGCUACAGCAUCCCGCUGAACAUCAUCGGCCUCAUCUAUCUCCUGUUCACGGUCAUCACCUUUAACUUCCCCAGCGUGUCCCCUGUCGACAGCGAGAAUAUGAAUUACACGUCCGCCGCAGUUGGCGUCAUCAUGGUUAUCGCCUUGAUCACCUGGUUCACGACCGGUCGCCGGCAUUUCCGCGGUCCGCAGAGCGGUGGCGUUGUUCUGGAGGGCGAUCAAGUGCAUAUUCCUGGGGCAAAGAGUGGCGCAAAUAUUGGUAGCUCGGAUGGCAGUGACUCUGAGAAAAGGCCUGCGAGUGUUGUAAGGCCUUGA